AUGGAGACCCUCAAUAAAACCGCGUUCGUGGCGUCCGAGUUCGUCAUCGUCGGACUGGACGACGUGCCGCACCAGAAGCUGGUGGGAGCGGCCAUACUCAUCACCCUGUCUCUCAUUCUGCUGGGCAGCUUCGCCAACAUCGGCGUCAUAACCCUCAGCAAGCCGCUGCACACCCCCAUGUACUUUUUCAUCUGCACGCUGGCGCUGGUGGACAUCCUCUACACUAGCAGCAUUAGCGUGACCAUGCUUAAUGUGCUACUGGGCGAGGACAGGACGGUGCCGUUCGGGCUGUGCAUUUUACAGCACUUCCUGUUCCACUUGGGAACCACCAUGGAGCCGUUCACCAUUGCCCUGAUGGCGUACGAUCGCCUGGUCGCAAUUUCCAACCCCCUCAGGUACCAGAGCAUCCUCACGAACGCUCGUGUGUUUUCGCUCAUCGCUUUCACCUGGGCAAUCGGCUGUGCCGUCUCUGGGACGUUCACGGGAUUCGUGGGCUACCUGCCCUUCUGCCGGACGAACGUGCUCCAGUAUUGCUUUUGUGAAUACGCGAGCCUGGUCAGGGCAGCCUGCGUGGAUCCAGCUUACUACUUCAACACGGCGUCCGUCGUGUUCACCGUCGUGCUCGUCGGCAACUUUUUUCUGAUCGUCUUCUCCUACGUGAAGAUCGUGUACGAAGUGGUGAAGCUGUCCUCCGCCAAAGACCAGAGGAAAGUGUUCAACACUUGCUCCAGUCACCUGAUAGUGGUGGUUUGCUUCUUCGUUCCCAAGUUCCUGCUGAUCGUCGUCACCCGCGUCGGUCUCGUUCUCACCAUCUCGACUCGGAACGGGCUCAUCAUCUGCUCCACGCUCGGCCCCUCGCUGGUCAACCCGUACAUCUACUGCCUGAAAAACAAGGACAUUCGGGGUCGCCUGCAGGGCGUGUUUAGGGGCUCUGUCAUCUCACCCAAGUCUUAACAGGACACGUCCCCCAAGACCCCGUUUUUGUUUUUAAAUGAUCACCAGCAAAUUUGCUUUAUAAUAACAGUGACAAUUUUACCAUUCGUCUCACACUCAGGCGCCCACAUACAUGCACACACACACACACACACACAGACCUGUGAGUCCCAGAGCUAGCUGGUAAGGUGCUCUGCUUGGUCAAAGAAAGUGAGGAAAAAUAUUUGAGCUGAAACUUUUCACAUACGCAAUUUAACACUAAAAUGUGGUUAUGCAUCAUAUUCAUUAUAUUUUUAUAUGUAAGUUUCACCAUGCUGAAAAUUGUUCAUAAUAUUAUUAAAGUAUAUAACAGAUUAUUAUAAACAUUUUAUCCAACAGAUUAUUUGCUAAAUGUGAUUAAGGGGGAAAAAAACCUGACAAAAUAAACAAACAAAAAGUCUAUACAUGUUGUCAAAACAUGAGCUUUGAGUUUCAGAAAAAUUAUCAUAUUUAUUUCUGUUUUUACUUAAAUCAUUUUUGAGAUAUGUAUUUUUAUUUUUUAGAAAUAGUCUACAUUCAUAUUUUAAAAACAUGUUUGAUUCAGUUUAUGCAUUUUCCUAUUGCAGGUGGGGUUUGUGUUUGUUCUGUAAUCUGAUUUAAAUUCUUUAGAUUUUUGAAUUUUGAUUUCUGAUUUCAGCUGUUUAUAGUACUUGAUGAAGAAAUGGGAAAGAAUAUUGUCAUUCAAGUACUGUAGUGCAACAAAAAUUCUCAAUUAUUUACGGAUAUUACUAUUACUAAAGCUAUCAUAUAACAAAAUUACCUGUCUCAUCAGCAUCUGUGAUGCAAGCAAAAAUAUGUUGAAACAAGCCUUGAAUUUGUGUUCAGAAGCAAAUGGUGCUUUUUGUUUUGCCGACAAUGUGAAUCAGAAAAAACAGAAAGCACCGUUUUCUUUGGAACAGCAUUUCAAGGCUUAUCUCAAUAUGAAGUCAUGCUUAUGUCACGGUUUUUAAGUGCGCAUUUUCCAACAAAAGGCCAACAUAAUAAAAGUGCAAUAGCAAUGUACAAAACAAGGUUUCCUCAUUAGAAAACCCAUUUUCAAUAGAGCAUGCAGCAAAUUUAAAAAAUAAAAUAAAAAUACGCCUCAGGAAUAAUUUAUACUGGCGAAUGGACUGGUGUCAAACCGGCAAUUACCCAGUAUUCGUAUAUUUGUGUUUUUCCUUCUUUAAAAUGCAGCAGAUUUGAUAUAAAACAACCGUUAAUGUCUGUGGAGGGCAUUUAUUUUUUGUGUUGCCACAUUUAAUUAAAACUAUCAGCUUUUUAUGACUUUCAUGUCACUAAGCCAAGCAAACAGCUAGGCAAACAGGCGUGCAGUACAUUUUUCAUCUCUGCACUUUCUGACUUUGCUGAGGCUGCAUAGGCCAAAGCAAUUAAAACAUGUUAAGUCUUUGUUUUUUUGUUGUUGUUGACACAAAGAUGCUGAACUGAAGCGGCGGGUCAACAUGGAUCCAGCAUGAAAACCACCUGAGACCGUUCUGUAGCGCUUGGCCUACAGUCAUUGGCUCCACACUCUUAACAAGCUGGGCUCUGUCAGUAUUCUCCAAGGUCUUUGUUCUUUUUCCCCCCCGCUCUUCCUGUCAGUCCUGAUGACAAGUCUUCCAGCACGAAUGUUUGUAUGGAGCUGGCACUAAUCAGCGGUGUAAUUAAGAGCUUCGUGGACACCCUACACCUGAGACUCUUUUUUAAAAAAAUAAAAAAACAAUGUAAUUUGAGAGCUGAAAAAACCUGUAACAAAUCUAUUGUUACAAAAACACAGUGUGGAAGAAACAUAAUUUGUGUUAGAUAUAUAGUUAUGAAUGAUUGCCUCCUGUAAUUUCUCGUUUACAUGUUUGGAGUCAAACAAUGAUGUUGUAUUUACUGGGCAACUUUCAUAUUUAUGGACAAAAAUACAAUUUAACCUUUUUUGUUUUUUCAAAUAAAUGAUGCAUGCUAAGUAUAAA